AUGGAACAUUGCAAUCGCAUUAAGCUGCAGAGUGGGCGUACUAUGGGAAACCCCCAAAUCAUGACUCAGAUGGAGCUUGACUCAGAAAAGGAAUCCACUCCCCUAAUGCCCAAUCAGACGCAAAACAAGGAUGGAGAAGUGGUUACUAAAAAAAUUGAAGAAGCUCUUCAGACUACCCCACAAAAUCGCACGAUUCCUUUUCCUCAAAAGCUUAUAACAUCCCAAAGGGAUGAAGAGUUCCACCGGUUUCUGAAAAAAGUCAAAGAGAUUUACGUUGAAGUACCAUUGUUAGAUGCGCUGCACCAGAUGUCGAAAUUCGCAAAAUUUUUAAAGGGAAUCUUAUCCAAUAGAAGGCAGAAGGGCGACUUUGAGACUAUAGCACUGACAGAGAAUUGCAACGCCCUCCUUAUGGCGAAUCCUCCACCCAAGCUUCAGGACCCAGGAAGUUUCUCCAUACCGUGGAAAAUUGGUUCUGAACUUAUACCAAGAACUUUCUGUGACUUGGGAGCCAGUGUCAGCUGCUCCCGUACUCUUUAUGCAAGAAGCUAG